AUGACGCUUAAUAUGGGAAAUCAGAGCUCUGUGACUGCAUUUGUCCUGGUGGGGUUCUCAGAAUAUCCACAUCUCCAGCUACCCCUCUUCCUGGUGUUCCUGACCAUCUAUGUGGUCACUAUGGUGGGAAAUUUGGGCAUAAUUGUGGUCAGAAAGAUCAAUUCCAAACUUCAUACACCCAUGUACUUCUUCCUCAGCCAUCUUUCCUUUUUGGAUAUUUGUUACUCCAGUGUGUUUACACCCAAACUGUUAGAAAUCUUGGUUGUGGAAGAAAGAACCAUCUCUUUCAGAGGAUGCAUGACACAGUUUUUCUUUGGCUGCGCAUGUGUGUUUACAGAGAUGUUUAUGCUGGCAGUGAUGGCCUAUGACCGGUUCGUGGCCAUCUGUAACCCCCUCCUCUACACAGUCGCUAUGUCACCUAAGCUCUGUGCUCUCCUAGUAGCAGGGACAUACAUGUGGGGUGGACUGUGUUCCUUAACAAUCACAUAUUCCCUUGUGCAGCUGUCCUACUGUGAGUCUAACAUCAUAAAUCACUUUGGCUGUGAGUACUCUGCCAUCCUCUCUGUGUCCUGUUCAGACCCUUCCUUCAGCCAGAUGAUAUGCUUAAUAAUUUCUAUAGUCAGUGAAGCUGGCAGCCUCCUGAGCACUCUGGCCUCCUAUGUCUUCAUAGUUGUGUCCAUCACCAGGAUGCCUUCCAAGGGUGGACUCCAAAAGACUUUGUCUACUUGCACCUCCCACCUGACUGCCAUCAGCAUCUUCCAUGGCACCAUCCUACUUCUCUACUGUGUGCCCAGCUCCAAGAGAUCCCAGCUGCUGAUCAAAGUGGCAACUGUGCUUUAUACAGUCCUGGUCCCCAUGCUGAAUCCCCUCAUCUACAGCCUCAGGAACAAGGAUGUGAAAAACACAGUCCGGGGGCUGAUCAGAACCAUAUUGCAUUCUCAAUCCACAUAA